AUGACCUAUAUUUGGCCUCGGCUGCACCUCAUGGAGCUCACGCCCGCUGGGAAGCGUCUUGCACUCGCUGCAAAGGCGGUCUUUCCCGCGGUCUACACGAACAACUACAACCCGCCCGAGGACAUGGACGCCGUCGAGUGGCUCGACGCGUGGAAGGACAAUGUCACGGAGUACGACCACUUCGAUUGUCGCGAUGAUCAAGAAUUGACGCGUCUCUGCAACGUCCUGCGCCAAUGUACCAACCUCAAGGUCGUCUGCAUGGUUGAUUCCAGCAAUGACGCAGCGGUCGUUGAGGCCGUCAUGGCAACUGCGCGCUCCAUCGAGGUGGCGUACUCACAGAGAUGUGCGACUUUGCUUGCGACACUGGCACGCUGGCUCGCGUCAGGGCACGCGGAGCACUUGUGCUUCGAAGAGACUCGUAGCAAUGAUGACGAGGACGAUGAGCCUGUGAACGAGUCGCUGGCCCAGCUGUUCGCGCAGCCUACCACGCUCUCGAGCCUUGCUCUUUGUCUCGACGCCGACGGCAUCCUUGGCCCGCUCGUCGCUGUCGCGCGUUCGUUUCCGCAACUCGUGAGCUUGCGCAUUGAUAAUUUCAGAGUCUCGGACACGCCUACAGUGUUGCGGCUGCUUCAUGAGCUCAACACGACGCGGCUUCGGUCGCUCGACCUCGGUGGCAACUUUGUAUGCAGUGUCGAUGCUCUCUUGGGUACGCUUGCGUCGCUCACGGCGCUGGAAGAGCUCCGGAUCAUGAGUGCUCGCAUCUUGGACCCGGCGUUCGAGACCGGAAUCGCAUUGACCAUUCGGCGCGUCAAGCUCUUCAAAGUGGAAUUCUCGGAAGCCUCGUGGCAAGUCUUCUCGGCGCACGUGGCCCACCUCGAAGAGUUUACAUGGCACGGGUUUUCACAUGCCAAUCCUCCGAUCGAGACCAUUUGCGUCAUUGGCGACGAGGGCGCGUUCCAUCUCGCGGGGUUUUUGCCUCGUACAACGAGCUCUGUCGGCGCCGUCGUCGACAUCAACUGCCCCCAGUUGUCGGCGCGUAGCUACGUCGCAUUUGGCGAGGCCCUUGCGUCGUGCAGUGGCAUCUCCAUCGCGCUGCCGCCGCCGAUCGAACGCAAGAUGGUCGAGGCGCAGACAGCACUGCGCUCCAUCCAGCACCGCUACGGCACCGUCGAUGGUCGCCUUCGUCUCGUGCUCGAGAGCCACGCGAUGCCAGCGAUCUAG